UUUGACGGCUGCACUCCCUGGGCCGCAGAGGACAGCCAUCCGUCCUUUGAGGGGAAGACGCGCGCGUCUGGACCAGCUAGGUCCCGGGCCGCCUCCGGGUUAAACUUGGGCCGGCUGAUUUAGCUUUAGCUGCCAGGACUUUUGGCUAAACUGAGCUCCCACUUGAUCCCCGCCCGUCCAAGAGCGAGCAACUGGGGGCGCCCGCGCCGGGUCCCUGCCCAGCAGGGAAGCCACGACUUGCCCCUCCUGACUGUGGUGCGGGGCUGGCCACGACCGCGUCCGGGUGAUACGGACCGAGGACAAGGCGGUACUCGCUCUGGCACGUUCGCUCUGCCCGUGCGAAGUUCAGCUUAGAAGUUGAGCCCUGCGCUUGUGGAAGUUUAGGGAGGAAGUGGGUGGGCUGGCGGGUCACCUCCAGCCUCUUUAGUGCCCCAGCUCGGGGACACCGGGCUCUCGGUUUAAUCCUCCGACCAAACACCAGGAGUCUCCCCUCUGUGUUUUUCUCGCCGGCUCUUCCCCGCUCCUUUUGGCUGCUCCGCACUGCGGCCGUGAGGCUCUCUCCCCCCUGCGCUCGGGACCCGGACCCCAGACGUGGGGAGGUGUCGCCGCGGAGGUUCGAGGAGGGGGCGGAGCCCGCAAACUGGGAGAUCCCCCUUUCGCUUCAAGCACACUGACACCUUCCCUAGUGAGCCCCCCACUCCGCUCGGAGGAGCCAGGUUCGGCGGCCCCCGUGAAGGGGGCGGGGCGUCGGGGAUCCGCGGGGGAGGCGGGGGCCCUCGAGGCGAGGGGCGGGGCCGGCGAUCCCUGCGGGGCUCCGGGAGGGGCGAGCUAGUGCGGCUGCCGCUCCACUAAGCUUCUGCCUGAGGACGCGCGCGCGCUCGGUGCCCGCGGGAGGUAGAGGGUUCCGCCGUGCCCCGGCGUCCGCCCAGUGGACCCGCGUGUCCUCGCGCGGCGGGCGGCGGCCCCUCCGCGGCGCGCGCCUCGGCCCCGCCGCAGAGCCUACGCGGCGCGUGUGGGCGUCUGUCUGGGCCGCGCACCGGCGCCCGCUCUUUCACUCCUUCCGCAGCCGCCCAGAUAAGGACGCGCUGGGGCUGGCGGCCCGCGGACUCCCCGGGGACUCGGACGGACGCGGCGCCCUCCGAGCCUUUCGUGCGGCCGAGCCUGUGGCGCUUUGGUCCACAACAAAUGAACAAAAACGAAUAUUUAAAGGUCAAUAAAAACACAAGCCACCAAGAUAAGUCAGUGACCGAGUGGAUAAGGGGUAGCCGUGUGGCAGGAGUGAUUCGGGCAGCAUCCCCUUGUGUGUGUGUGUCUCCUCUGCUGGUAGCGUCACAGAAGAAGCAGAAGAGGCACUGAGAAGUUCUGGUGGUUUCCAGAGAGUUAAGCUCCAGAGAGCUUAACCAGAACCCAAAACGAUCGCAUCAGAAGUGACGGUGGAGGUCAGUGCCAACCUCCUGAUUUGACAAGUUUGGAAGAUGACACACAACGCAGUUGCCUUUGCUCUGGCGGCAGACUAGCGGGCGGAAAAGUAUGACACAAAUUUGAUGUCGGUGUCUGCUUGUCUGCUUCCCCAAGGUCAAGAAAUUAUCUCCUUAGAAGGCAACAGUACUAUGCACGUUAUGAAUUGUGUCUCCUUGGUCAGUGAUAAAGGAAAUGGGAAUAUUGCCACGACAGCUGGAUUCAUGAUUGGGCAAACGCCGCCACCACCACCUCCUCCUCUACCCCCUCCACCUCCACCAUGCCCAUACUCAGGGAAAGGGUUUCCUCCCCCUCCCCCUCCCCCUCCACUGCCUGGGGGGCCUCCGGUCCCCCCUCCCCCCCCAGGACUACCCCCAACCUCUCACCUGAACGGCUACAGCCACCUCGGUAAGAAAAAGCGGAUAAGGAGCUUUUUUUGGAAAACCAUUCCAGAGGAGCAAGUUCGUGGCAAAACCAACAUCUGGACCUUGGCAGCCAGGGAGCAGUGUCACUACCAGAUUGAUACAAAGAGCGUCGAGGAGCUGUUUGGGCAGCAAGAAAAUACCACCAAGUCUUCCCCUUCUGGGCGAGGAGGGCCUUUAAAUUCGUCCUUCAGGGAGGGCAGAGAAGAGAUUACUAUCCUGGAUGCAAAACGGAGCAUGAACAUUGGGAUAUUUCUAAAGCAGUUUAAGAAGUCUCCUCUGUCCAUUGUGGAAGAUAUUCAUCAAGGAAAGAGUGAGCAUUAUGGAUCAGAGACAUUACGUGAAUUUCUUAAGCUUUUGCCAGAGUCAGAGGAGAUAAAGAAACUAAAGGCAUUUAGUGGAGACGUGGCCAAGCUGUCCCUAGCAGACUCCUUUCUGCACUGCUUAAUUCAGGUGCCAAACUGUUCACUGCGGAUUGAAGCCAUGGUGCUAAAGAAAGAAUUUUUGCCCUCUUGUUCUUCUCUAUACACAGAUAUAACCAUUCUAAGAACCGCUACAAAAGAGCUGAUGUCAUGUGAGGAACUACAUUCGAUAUUACACUUGGUGCUGCAAGCAGGGAAUAUCAUGAAUGCAGGAGGGUAUGCUGGCAAUGCAGUAGGAUUUAAACUAUCUUCUUUGCUCAAAUUGGCAGACACAAAAGCAAAUAAACCUGGGAUGAAUCUCCUGCACUUUGUUGCACAGGAAGCCCAGAAGAAAGAUGCCGUGCUUCUAAACUUUUCUGAAAAAUUGCAUCAUGUUCAGGAGGCUGCUAGAUUAUCUCUGGAUAACACAGAGGCAGAGCUGCACUCGCUCUUUGUCAGGACAAGAUCUCUAAAGGAGAACGUCCAGCGGGAUGGUGAGCUCUGUCAGCAGAUGGAAGAUUUCCUUCAGUUUGCCCUGGGAAAGCUGGCAGAGCUGGAGCGCUGGAAGCAAAAGCUCCAGGACGAGGCCCACACCCUCAUCGACUUCUUCUGUGAAGACAAAGACACCGUGAAACUGGACGAGUGCCUUCAGAUAUUCAGAGACUUCUGUGUCAAAUUCAACAAAGCAGUGAAGGACAACCACGACCGCGAGGUGCAGGAGCUGAGGCGCCUGCAGCGGCUGAAGGAGCUGGAGCAGAAACGGCAUUUCUGGCCGGCUGGGGAGCUUGGAUUCGGCCGGAGCAGCAGUGAGAAUGACGUGGAGCUGUUGACUAAGAGGGGCGUGGAGGACCUGCCGCCUUUCCUGCACUCCAGGCCCAUCAGCCUCUCCUACCGGCCCCCCAACACCCGCCGCUCCCGCCUCUCCCUGAGCAUCGUGGCCGACCGGGAGCUGCUGACCUUCCUGGAGAGCUCCACUGACAGCCCCGAGGAGCUCAAGUUCCACAGCUUGCCCCGGAGCUGCCCCUGGCAGGCCCCGGCCAGCGGAGCCCGGACGGAGCCUGGAGGACAGAGGUACCAGGGCUCCAGCCCAGCACACAGACCUCCAGUCUCGGAGGGCCAGGAGGAAACCCCCCACCCCACCUCCGCGUGGCCGAGGCAGCUCCCGGCGCCCCGACCUGAAGAACCCGCCCCCGCCUUACCCCGGGUUCGGCGCAAUGGGGUCAGCAUCCUCCGAAAGAGGAACAGCGAGCCCGUGGGCCUGGGUUCCGUGCGGUCCCCUCCACUUUCGCCGUUGGCUCUAGGGAUUAGGGAGCAUGAGCUGGUGACGGGUCUGGCCCAGUUCGACCUCCAGGCUGCCAAGGGCCCGGAGGAGCUGGCCCCGCUGACCGUAAAUGACUUCAGCCCAAUGGAGCUGGCGUCCGUGGGGGAUGAGAACCCGCAGUCCCUGGGCGCCAGCAACGGCAGCCCGACGCCCGUGGGCAGAGGUGCCCAGGGGGGUCCCAGCCCGGCCGCGGGGGAUGGCAGCGCUGCCCCGGAUGAGCCCAUCAGCGCGGCUCCAGUAUCUGAGGGCAGCAGCAACCCCGAGAACCAAGAUCCUGGGUCUCUGUUCUACAUCUCGGACACCACCGACUGCUCGCUGACCCUGGACUGCUCGGAGGGAACCGACUCCAGACCCGAAGGGGGGGACCCGGGGGAGGGGGGCGACGGGGAGGGCUCUGUGUCCUCUAGGGCUGGGGAGACGGGCGGCAGCCAGGUCUCCUCAAACCUUGCGUGCCACCCACCUGCGGAGGCUCCCACUGCCGCCUCCGCCGGCUCCCUCUCAGGGAAGAGCGAGCCGGACUGCAAGGGGGGCCUGCCCAAGGACAGGCCGGCCAGAGGGAGGGAGGUGAUGGCCCCGAAGAGGAGCCCCCUCAAAGAGGCGUCGACGGGGGCGUCCAGGGCUGGGCCUGCCCGGCGGGGCGCGGCAGCGGCGGGGCCGGUGCGGACGCUGACGGGCUGGGAGAGCGAGAGCAUGCGCAAGGUCGUGCCCAUCUCGCGCGCCGGCCGCGCCCCCCCACCCGGCAAGCGCGCCCCUCGCGAGGGCCCCGUCGGCGCUAACCCGCCGGCGCCGCUGUCGCGCCGCAGCUCGGUGCUGGGGACCCCGAACGCGUCGCCCGGGAGGUCUUCGACGGCGGUCCGGCCCGGGAGGGAGCCGCCAGCGCCAACCAGGAGCUCCUUCAGGAAGCCCAGCGCCAAGCCCCUGCGCAAUGUUCCACGGCAGAAGCCCGAAGAGAACAAGAUCUGCCGCUCCGGCUCCCAGGGCCCCGACAGCCCCGAGGAGCCGCCCCGCGCCCCGCCGGCCCCCAGCGCGCCCCGCGGCCCGGCCCCGGUCCCCAGCUUCGCCCGCAACACGGUCGCCUCCUCGUCUCGGUGCCAGAGGACCGACUCCCCGCCUGUGGCCAGAUCCCCGGGCCUCACCCGGACCGUGUCGCAGCGGCAGCUGAAGGUGAAGGGUGGCCCCGAGGACGCCGCCCCCAAGGACAGCGGCGCCCUGCGGCGGGCCGGCAGCGUCCGCGCCCCCCGGAAGGGGCCCGAGUCAGCCGAGGGCCCCGGAGACAGCGCCCAGGCCCCGCCGAAGGGCCGCGGGGCCGGGGAAAGGGCCUCCUUCCGGCUGAAGGACGCCUGUCGGGGGGCGCUGGGGAAGGGGCUCCAUCCCUUGUGGAAGUGAGAGGCGUCCGCGCUCCCCGCUCGCGUCCUGGGGUUCGGGUGGUGAGGACUGAUUUCUGCGAAAGGCCGACCCCGAAUGUCUAUUCCACAUAAAGUCCGCCGGGGCCACCUGCCAGUGCUCCUGUCACCGAAGGUGCAGCCGUGGGGCCCGCCCACCAUGCCGCGCUGACUGGCUGGAUGGACUGCCGGACGGACGUCCUGCCGCCACGGGUAGGCAUCUCCACCCGCGCCCCGGAGGUGGACCAGGCGGACCCCGUCUCCCAAACAGACCACAGAGACCCGUGAACGACUCAGACGAGGAAAAUGACUUUCCUAUGUAACAAGUAAAAGAAGAUUUGGGGCCAGUUUUUAUGUAUCAAUGACUUAUUUUUUAAUAUAAAAAUUAAACGUUGUUUUAGUUGGU